UAAGAGUUGACUCGUUUAUUGCUACCAAGUUCUGCUUCUUACUGGCCAGUUCCUCCAUUGGUGUGCUGAUCCAGUUCCGCGUUUGGUUCCCUUCUCAUCCUUAGGAAGAAGAUGGAGUUUUAUUUUAUACAGCAUGAGAGGGUUAAAUUGGUCACUAUCUAAAUGAAAAAUCCUCCAAACUGCAAAAGUAAGGACAUUUUGCCUCCGUUGGUUUUCUGGAUGACGCUCUCCAUUCGCUGGUCUCCUUUUCUCGGUAUUGAUUAACAGCUUCUAUAAUCUCUACUUCUUGUUUUUUAAGUUGUGGGUAAGAGGUAGGCAAAUGGAACAUCGUGGCGCAGAGGCAGUAAUAAUUGGGGGCAUGGUGUUGGAUAUUCAUGCCACCCCUUCUAUGCCUGCAAACCCAAGGACUACCACUCCUGGCAGGGUCCGUUAUGUCCUGGGAGGCGUAGCAAGGAAUGUGGCAGAAUGCAUGUCAAAGCUAGGAGCAAAGCCAUACAUGAUUAGUGCUAUAGGGCUUGACAUGGCAGGAAAUCUUUUGUUGGAACAGUGGAAGUCUGCUGGACUCUCUAUAGAAGGUAUUUUGAAGAACAGUAACAUUGAGACUCCCGUUGUUUGCAAUAUAUUUGAUGCUAAUGGUGAAGUGGCAGCGGGUGUUGCUAGUGUGGAAGCUAUUGACAAAUAUUUGACGCCAGACUGGAUCUUGCACUUCGAGAGCACCAUACGUCCGGCUCCAUUGUUGUUCGUUGAUGCGAAUCUGAAUUUUCCUUCUCUACAAGCGUCUAGCAAAAUAGCAGCGGAUUCAGGGUGUCCUGUCUGGUUUGAGCCAGUGUCAGUCACCAAAUCCAAAAGAAUUACUUCAAUUGUCAAGCAUGUGACUUAUACUUCUCCUAAUGAAGAUGAACUCAUUGCCAUGGCAAAUGCUUUAUUGGGUGCUGAUGUGUUUUCUCCUCUUGAAGCCAAUCAUAACCUGUCAACAGUAUCUUUGUUUCAUAUGCUGAAACCAGCAAUCUGGGUUCUGCUAGAGAAAGGCAUUAAAGUGGUUGUUUUGACCCUUGGCUCACAAGGGUUGAUCUUAUGCAGUAAAGGAGGGCCCAAACACAUUAAAAGUCCUCUGAAUAAAACCACACAAAGUGGGUCUGGUGAAAAGUUAUACAAGACCAUCAUGCAGAAGUGUCCACCAAAUUCGUGUUUUGAUGUCUCAGAGCCCAAUAGAAGCUCUCGUCUUUCUGCUGUUCAUUUUCCUUCACUUCCUGCAUCAGUAGUGAGGCUUACUGGUGCGGGUGAUUGUUUAGUUGGUGGAACACUCGCAUCACUUUGUGCGGGAUUAGAUAUUAUGCAGAGUAUUUCUGUAGGCAUUGCGGUUGCUAAAGCUGCUGUUGAGGUUGAGGCUAACGUCCCUUCUGUUAUCAGUCUGGCUGCUAUAGCACAUGAUGCCAAAACUGCAUACUCUGGCGCCAAAGUUCUCUUCCACCAGUCGAUGCUGUAAAUUCUGAACGAGGACCUUGUGUUAGUUCAAUGGUAAUUCGGGAGCUCAGGAACAAUGAGGAAGCUUUAAACUAAUCAAAUCGUGCCUUGAAGCCAGGAUAUGUCUUGAAUGGAGGAGACGAGGAAGAAGAAAGAUUCUCUUACAGGGCCCAACCAGAAGAGAGACUUGAAGCCUGCUAGAUUGCUAUGGCACGGUGGAGAAUGGGCAUCUGCACGAGAAUUUUUGUGAAGAACUUAUCAUGUCCACCUGCUUCCUUCCCAAGUGAAAGGUUUGGACCAUAUGAAGAGAACAGGAUUUUUGAGCCUUCUGCUGAUAGGAAUUUGUAAGAAUAAUGUGACCUUAGACUGGUCAGGUAGAACUAUGGUCCAUGCAAGACUGAAAAAUGGACACCUGAAGUUGGAUUUCCAUUGUGCUUACGAUACAGGAACGUACUGCUUGAUUUGCGGCACACCUUGUAAUUUUGCUCUUUUCCUUUAUUUUACUUUCAGAGUACCAG